GGUCGCAAGAUGGCGGCGCUGAAGGAGGCUCGGAGCUACGGGCUGUCUUGCGGGCGGGUGAGCGACGGCAGCAAGGUGUCCGUAUUCCACGUGAAGCUCACCGACAGCGCCCUGAGGGCUUUCGAGAGCUACCGCGCCAGCCAGGAGUCUGUUUCACUGAGACCAUCAAUCCGAUUUCAAGGAAGUCAAGGGCACAUCUCCAUCCCCCAGCCUGACUGCCCCACAGAGGCACGGACUUUCUCCUUCUACCUCUCCAACAUUGGCCGUGACAGCCCCCAGGGCAGCUUCGACUGCAUCCAGCAAUAUGUCUCCAGCCAUGGGGAUGUUCACCUGGACUGCCUGGGCAGCAUCCAGGACAAAAUCACGGUGUGUGCCACUGACGACUCCUAUCAGAAAGCACGGCAGAGCAUGGCACAGGCUGAGGAGGAGACACGGAGCCGUGGUGCCAUCGUCAUCAAGGCUGGAGGCCGCUACCUAGGUAAGAAGGUUCAGUUUCGGAAACCAGCCCCGGGGGCUACAGAUGCUGUGCCUUCCCGGAAGCGGGCAACCCCCAUCAACCUGGCGAGUGCCAUCAAGAAGAACAGUGUUGGUGGCAUUAGCGGGGGCAGCGGGGUGUCUCAGAGGCCUUUCCGUGACCGGGUGCUGCACCUCCUGGCGCUGAGGCCCUACCGGAAGGCCGAGCUCUUGCUUCGGUUACAGAAGGAUGGCCUGGCCCAGGCGGACAAGGAUGCGCUGGAUGGCCUCCUCCAGCAGGUGGCCAAUGUGAAUGCCAAGGAUGGCACAUGCACGUUGAAAGACUGUGUCUAUAAAGACGUGCAGAAGGACUGGCCUGGCUACUCAGAAGGGGACCAGCAGCUGUUGAAGCGGAUGCUUGUCCGGAAGCUGUGCCAGCCACAGAGUGCAGUUGGCCUCCCUGGAGACCCUGCUGCCACCAGUCCUCCCAGGGAACAUGGAAGCUCAGCCUCACCCCCUCAGAAACGAACACAGCCUCCUGAUUUCAUCGACCGCCUGACCAGCAAGAAACCCAGGAUAUCACAUUUUACCCAGAGAGCUCAGCCUGCCAUCAAUGGGAAGCUGAGUGCACCCCAUGGCCGUGAGGCCCUGUUGCCUACUCCGGGCCUGCUAGCAGGGACAGAUGCCCACCUGCCUCCACGGUUGGAGCCCCCAAGGGCCCAUGACCCUCUGGCUGAUGUCAGCAAUGACCUGGGCCACAGUGGCCGGGACUGCGAGCAUGGGGAAGUGGCUGCCCCAGCCCCAACUACAUGCCUCAGUUUGCCCCUGCUGACGGACUGUGCCCAGCCCAGCAGGCCCCAUGGUAACUCAUCACGCAGCAAAUCCAAGAAGAAGUCCAAGAAGCACAAAGACAAGGAGAGAGCAGCUGAGGACAGACACCGGGCCCGGUUGCCAGAACACAUGCCCAGCCCCCUUGGAGCCCCACCAGAUGCCCCAGGUUUGAAUGGGACCUGCAACAGCUCAAGCGUCCCCACAUCAACCUCAGAGACACCCGACUACUUGCUAAAAUAUGCCACCAUUUCCUCCUCGGAGCAGCGCCAAAGCUACAAGAAUGACUUUAAUGCUGAGUAUAGCGAGUACCGCGACCUGCACGCUCGCAUUGAGCAGAUCACACGGCGCUUCACGCAGCUGGAUGCCCAACUCCGGCAGCUCUCCCAGGGCUCUGAGGAAUAUGAGACUACUCGGGGUCAGAUUUUGCAGGAAUAUCGAAAAAUCAAAAAGACCAAUACCAACUACAGCCAGGAGAAGCACCGCUGCGAGUACCUGCACAGCAAGCUGGCCCACAUCAAGAGGCUCAUUGCCGAGUAUGACCAGCGGCAGCUGCAGGCCUGGCCCUAGCCUGAGGCCACAGGGCAGGAGGUCCUGCUUGGCUAGCCAGGCCAGCUCCCCUUGCCGGGCUGACCCUUCUGGAUGGUGGGGGGAGCUGGGGGCGGGUGGGGGGGUAGCUACGGAGCGGAAAAAGAGAUUUAUUUAAAAAAAAUAAUAAACCCGAGGAAGACAUGUUCAUCUGAGCCAGCAACGCGGCUUUCAGGGGAGCCCCUGCAGACCUGAUGCCUGCAGGUCACAGAUCCCGGGGGCCAGGCGUCUCGUCCCCCCCACCCCCCCCACACACACCUGGGAUGGGCUCCUCAGGAAGCCCACCUCCUCUCCUACCCUAUCACAGCCCGAGGGGCUUCAGCUUCCCCUCACGAAAGACUCCCAGGCCAGCCCGCCUGCCUUUUCUAGUUUUAUACAAAAGCAGCCACUUUUAGCUACUGCUUAUGAGACUUCAGUCUAUUUUUGUAUGAGAGAGAAAGCAUCUUUUCUAAACCUGUGCCUCCCCUCCUUGGACACCAGGGUCCAGAUGCCGCCCUGUGUCCUUCCUGCAGUAUUACAGAUACCAUCUGAAAGUUGUUCCUGAGGACUGAGGAGGGAACCGAGGGGGAGAGGGGGGCACAGCCUGCUCGGCUCCCGCCCCGCCCCAGGCCCUCCCUACACUCCGGCCUCUCCUCCCCGCCUAGGCAAGGACGGGGUCUGCUCUAAGGGGGUAGAGGCCCGCCCAGGUCUAUUUCGAGAACUCCAGCUGGCCCUGAGCAGCUGCUGAGAGCCGCAGGGGCAGAACAGCUCUCAGCCCACCAGGCCUGCCCUGCUAUUUCAGUCCCUCAGCUGUAGGGGGUCACUGGGGGUUUUCUGUGCUACGAGCUCACGCUGCAACAACAGUGUCGGAUUUUAUUUUAUUAUGUUCUCAAUUUUCCCCCUUUGCUGCUGCUUUUCUUUUCGCGCCGAGACCGUGUGGUCUCCAUGCUGUUGACCUCACUCCAUCCCUCAGUCUGCUUGUGGGUCUUGGGGUCAUCUUAGCAGAGCCACCACAGGGUUUGCACUCAGGGAGGGGCUGGGGGUCAUUGGGGUCAGGGGACCCCCCCGAGAGCAAGUUCAGAAAACGCACCCUAUCCGCCCACUCUGGUAGCAUGGGAUCCAUGGACAACAUAAUUGCUGCUUAGUAGCUGUGCCUAGUCUAGUGUCCCCCCAGUCUAGUGUCGGGGGACCACACACGCAUGUGCGUGUGUGUGCGCGCUCAUGCAUGCGUGUAUAUGUGCGUGCGUGCAUGUGUGUGUGUGUGUAUGUGUGUGUGUGUGUGAGGGGGUGCUGCCAGGGUGCAGUGGGGCCUGAAGUGUAUGUCCACAUUCAGGGCCACAUUCAGCAAAGCCACCCAGGACUGGGGAAGGCGGAGGGAGUGGCUGCAACCUGGAGCCUGGGGCUCAAAAACUGGGGUGGGUGGGGGGUACUGCCGCCAACAGUAGUGAGGCGGGGAGAGCAGAAUGCUCAGGUAGACGUGUCUAUUUUUCUAAGCCAUGGGGCUGCCUCCUAAUGGCUUCCCAAAGAGCAAGUGCCCAAGUGGAGGCACCUGCAGUUUGCCCACCCCAUCCCACAGGCCCCUUCCUUGGGCCCCCUGGGGUGCCCGGAGCACCAAGGGAUCCCAUCCUUCAUGUUUCAAUAGCUGUUGUUUUGUUUUUCAUUUGGGAUGGAGUUGGGGGAAGGGCUGAGCGGACCCCAGGGACCCCCGAGUUCUGCAGACAACCGUGUGGUGUGCGCAGACUGUACUCAGCUGGACGCGCAGACUCGGCCGAAGGAUUAUUUAAGGAGGCUGCAGCCAGAGGGCUGACCCGGUCCUCUGCCCUGGGAACCAGUUCAAGGGACUCUCAGUUGAAUUUCCUUUUUGUUGUUGGCUUUUUGUUGUUUUUUGUUGUUGUUUUUCUCCUUUUAAGGAAUUAUGAAGCUAAGAAAAGUUUUGUGCUUUGGGGGUUGAUGGACAAAAGUUCUAGCUGAUUAACUAUGGUCUAACUUAUUGAUACUGUGUUUUUCCCCCCUAUUAAUAUUGUACUGUGGAGAAAAACUAUUUUGAGCCAUGGAGUUGGUGUUUACAAGAACUUUUCACUUUUGCCAAAAUGUUACGAUUAAAAGGCAUCCGCGUCUUCAGUUUCCUAAUAUUUUCUUAAAAGAACUAGUGUCCUUUUUGUACACUAAACAGGUGAAUGCUGAUUUUUUCAACAUACAAUAAAUUUCACUGAACCAAACCUAG